AUGGACUCUAAAGCUCUGGUGCUGUUUGCUCCUUGUUGGACCGCUCAGACUUCACCGCAGGACAGUUGUGGGCAGCGGCCCCUGGGGCCCCCCGGUGCAUCUCAGAUAGUGGGGGGUCAGGAGGCUCCUGAGGGCGCGUGGCCCUGGCAGGUCAGCAUCCAGCUCCUGUCCAGGCAUCACAGUGGUGGGACGAUUCUCAACAGCCUCUGGGUGCUCGCAGCCACACACUGCUUCCACAAAUACAAAAGAAUCAGCAGAACUCAUUUCCGUGUGGUGGCAGGACUCGGCAUGUUAUCUGCUCUGGGAGGAAACGCACAGAGCCGCUCCAUCCAUCUGGUCAAAAUGCAAGAGAACUACAGUGAUGUCAUGUCUGACAAUGACGUGAUACACGAGCUCCUAAGCUCUCCUUUCAACUUCACUGACCACGUCCAGCCCGUCUGCACUCCUCAUAACGUGACGCACAAGUUUAUGCUCAACUUCAGUCAGUUUCAUCACAGGAUGGAGAAGCACCUACUACAGAAGGUUGGUGUAAAAAUUGAAGACCUGGUCAAGACUCCGACUAUGAGUCUGGCCCAGUUUGAGUCUGGUCUGGGACAUUAUGGUCUGUGUUUUGUAGGCAGGCUGAUGGACAGAUUGCAGGAGGUGGAGCUCAUCGACAGGAGAACAUGUAACCUGAUCAGCUGGUACGACGGCCUCAUGACUGAAAACAUGAUCUGUGCAGGACUGGAGAGCGGGGCGAUGAGACUUCCUCUCAGACUGGGAAUGUACGCUCGAACCAGCACGUUUUCAGGCUGGCUGGAAACAAGUCAGGCAGAGUCAGCUGCACACAGACUGAACACAGCUGGACAUCAGACUGUUUAAAUGUUGCAUGUUUUGUUUUUACACGUCGUCACCUGGAUUAGUGAUGGCAUGCUCCACUAACUCAUCGUCAGCUUCUCAAUCUGUUUUUAGCUUUAACAUCACUGGGUCAGUGCAAUGAGCCAUUACUUACAUUCACUUACUUACAUUUUCUCAGCCAAAAUUACAAAAUUUUUGGUUACUUUGCAUGAGCAGUUUGUGUAUUUGUGUUUUACAGUGGCAAAAGUAUUCAGAUAAAAAAGUAGAAGUAUCAAUACAGCAGUGUAAAAAUACUUCAUACAAGUAAAAGUCAUGUACAUAAGUACAUAAGUCUCACCAGCAAGAUAUACUUUAACUAUUAAAAAUAGAAGUACCCAUAA